CAUCUGUCCUUUAAACAUACUUAGUGAGUGAGUGAGUUACAGAGACAGAGAGAGAAAUGGCUAUGGCUUGUUUCCCCAUUAUUAGCCUGGAGAAGCUCAAUAACACUCAAGAAAGGGCUUCCACUAUGGCACUAAUUAAUGAUGCUUGCCAAAACUGGGGAUUCUUUGAGGUGGUGGAUCAUGGGAUACCAGUUGAGCUGUUGGACAGAGUGGAGAAGUUGACAAAGGAGCAUUACAAGAAGAGCAUGGAGGAAAGGUUCAAGGAAAUGGUGGCUUCAAGGGGACUUGAUGGUGUCCAGAAUGAGGUCAAUGAUCUUGACUGGGAAUCCACUUUCUUCUUGAGGCAUCUCCCUUCCUCUAACAUCUCCCAAGUCCCAGAUCUUGAAGAUGACUAUAGGAGGGUGAUGAAGGAAUUUGCAAUGGAGUUGGAGAAACUGGCUGAGAAGCUGCUGGAUUUGCUGUGUGAGAAUCUGGGACUGGAGAAAGGGUACCUCAAGAAUGCCUUCUGUGGGUCAGAGGGUCCUAACUUUGGCACCAAGGUCAGCAGCUACCCUCCAUGUCCAAACCCAGACCUCAUCAAGGGCCUCCGGGCCCACACUGACGCUGGCGGCAUCAUCCUCCUCUUCCAGGACGAUAGAGUCAGCGGUCUCCAGCUUCUCAAGGACGGCCAAUGGGUCGACGUUCCCCCCAUGCGCCACUCCAUCGUCAUCAACAUCGGCGACCAGAUCGAGGUGAUCACAAACGGGAGGUACAAGAGCGUGAUGCACAGAGUGAUAGCCCAGACGAACGGGAACAGAAUGUCGAUUGCGUCCUUCUACAACCCGGGGAAUGACGCCGUGAUCUAUCCGGCGGCGGUGCUGGUGGAGGAGAACAAGGGGAAGUAUCCGAAGUUCGUGUUCGACGAGUACAUGAAGCUCUAUGCCGAGCUGAAGUUCCAAGCGAAGGAGCCCAGGUUUGAAGCCAUGAACGCCCUUCACAGCUCGGCCACUGUUUAAUGCCAGCUUUUGUGAGCUAUAUAUGUGUGGUGAGAAAGAUUAUUCAAGAACAAGAAAAGGAUUCUACGGUGAGAAUGUUCUUUUGAGUUUGAUUUUCGUGUAAUACGUUGAGGAUGAAUUGUUGUUUGAUUUGAUGUUUUGUUGUAUUUCGAUUUUUGAGUUUGAGUUUGGCGUAAAUGUAUUAGAGAUGGUCU